AGUUAUUCUUCUUUCCGGUUUUCCAUCCUUGUAAGUAUCGAGCGUUGUAGCUCAUUGUAGUGAAUUUAUCUAUUUCAAUCGUAGAUUAGACAAAAUGGCGCCCAAGAGGAAUAAUAUGAUCCCAAAUGGCCAUUUCCAUAAGGAUUGGCAACGUUACGUAAAGACCUGGUUCAAUCAGCCAGCAAGAAAGUUCAGAAGGCGCCAAAAUCGUAUCAAGAAGGCCAAAGCUAUCGCACCACGCCCUGCACGUGGUCCGCUUAGGCCAAUUGUGCGGUGUCCGACAAUUAGGUACCAUACUAAAGUCCGAGCUGGGCGUGGAUUCACCUUGGACGAACUGAAGCAAGCAGGUCUGAACAAGAGAUUUGCAAUGUCCAUUGGAAUCGCUGUAGAUCCUCGCAGACGCAACAAGUCUCACGAGUCAGUGCAACAGAAUGUUCAGCGACUCAAGGAGUAUAAGGCUAAGCUGAUCAUUUUCCCAGUCCACGAGAAGAGUAAGAAGCUAAAGAAGGGAGAAGCCACUGAGGAAGAACGUAAGCUGGCAACUCAACUGAAGACUGUGGUGAUGCCAAUCAAGCAGACCCAAGUGCGGCCGAAGGCCCGAGUCGUCACAGAAGAGGAGAAGAAGUUCUCUGCGUAUACUGCUCUGAGAAAGGCUCGAGCUGACCAGCGUCUAGUUGGCAUCAGAGCAAAGAGGGCAAAGGAAGCAGCAGAAAAUCCUGAAGAUGUAACAAAGGCGGCGAAAGAAAAGAAAGAGAAGAAAGCGAAGAAAUAAGUUUGAGAAUAAAAUGUUUUUUUUCGUUUUUA